UCAAUUAUUCAUCGCAUGGAAAAUACUAUAGAAGAAAGAAAGUCAGAAGGGCAAGGCGUAACGCUGACGCUGCCCGCCAAUCGGAUGAAUGAGCGUGAGCCGGAGGGCGCAGGCAAUUCGAACGGGGCGGCGGUCGCUUUCUCUGAUGUUUUCUCGGCGUCCCCGCCUGACGCCUGCUCGCCUCGCCUCGCCUCGCCUCCUAUUAAUUAUCCCCUUCCUUCCUUCCUUCCUCCCCCCAGCCUAAAUCGUUCCAAGCUCUCUCAACUGCUCGGCGGAGGACUGGAGUCGAUCGAGUCCACGCGGAAGGACGCUCCAAGCCUCGCGAGCAGGAUGGAUGGAAAUACAAAUGGUGCUAACAGUUCCAGCUGCAAGUCAUGCGGGCCACUGACGGACUAUUGCAUUCCAGAUUACAUACUAAAGCCAGACUCUGACCAAGUAAUCAUUGAUCAUGCACCAUGUUGUCCGGUGGUAGUCUUCAUCAACUCUAGAAGUGGUGGCCAACUUGGAAGUGGUUUGAUUAAAACGUACCGUGAACUUCUCAAUGAAGCACAGGUUUUUGAUCUCUCAGAAGAGUCUCCUGAUAAGGUGCUGCACAAAUUGUAUGCCAACUUCGAAAAGCUCAAGUCUAACGGUGACACUCUUGCUUUUGAAAUUCAGAGGAGCCUAAGACUAAUUGUCGCUGGCGGUGAUGGCACAGCAAGCUGGCUACUUGGAGUAGUUAGCGAUCUUAAGCUUUCACCGUCUCCUCCUGUUGCUACUGUACCUCUGGGAACCGGAAACAACCUUCCUUUCUCAUUUGGAUGGGGAAAGAAGAACCCAGCUACUGACCAAGAGGCAGUAAAAUCAUUCCUUGCGCAAGUAAAAGGAGCAAGAGAAAUGAAUAUUGAUAGUUGGCAUAUCAUCAUGAGGAUGCGAGCACCAAAGGAAGGUCCAUGUGAUCCUAUUGCUCCCUUAGAACUGCCUCAUUCACUGCAUGCAUUCCACCGCGUAUCUGGCAGUGAUUCCCUCAAUGUGGAGGGUUACCACACAUUUCGUGGAGGAUUCUGGAAUUACUUUAGUAUGGGGAUGGAUGCACAAGUGUCUUAUGGAUUUCACUCUGAAAGGAAGAAAAAUCCAGAGAAGUUCAAAAACCAGCUAACAAAUCAGGGUACAUAUGCUAAACUUGGACUUAAACAAGGAUGGUUUGCUCCUUCUCUAACUCAUCCGUCUUCAAGGAACAUUGCUCAACUUGCAAAGGUGAAGAUUGUGAAAAGACCUGGUGGCCAUUGGGAAGAGCUUAAGAUUCCCCACAGCAUUCGAUCAAUUAUCUGUCUUAAUUUGCCAAGUUUCUCCGGAGGAUUCAAUCCCUGGGGAACACCUAACAAGAGGAAAGUGCAAGAUAGAGAUCUAACUGCGCCUUUUGUGGAUGAUGGCCUCAUUGAGAUUGUCGGCUUUCGCGAUGCCUGGCACGGCCUUGUCUUACUGUCCCCUAAGGGACAUGGAACUCGUCUAGCUCAGGCCCAUAGAAUCCGGUUCGAGUUCCACAAAGGAGCAGCUGACCACACGUUCAUGAGAGUCGACGGGGAGCCAUGGAAGCAGCCCCUUCCCAAGGACGACGAGACCGUUGUCGUCGAGAUCUCUCACCUCCGCCAGGUCACCAUGCUUGCCAACGGCUCAUGCAAAUCGAAGAGCUUCGAAGACCCCACGUCCCCGUCAUGUCGCGGCCAUGAGGAGGACGAGAGCGACAGCUUGGAGGACGAAGACGAGUGGGAGGAGGGCAGGAAGAAGUUCGGGGCAGCGGCCACCUUCAAGUUGCCCGACGAGGUCGACAUCGCUCAUCUUAGUUGAGCUGGUCCAAGGCUCCCUGCCCUGCUACCUGUCGAUAUGAUUCAAAUUUCAGAAUGCUCACUGCUGCUGUCAGUGAUAUACUGCUCUUUGUUUAUGCUGCCCUGUAAUUUCGGAGUUUUAGCAGCCUUUGUGUAGUAGACAGGCUAUAUUCAGCAUUCUCCAACUGCUAAGUCUGGCAAGCAGUGCAAUGCAAUUGUUCUCUUCCUAGAACUAGCAUGUAUCCUUUGUGUCCUGAAUCGUCUGCUCUCUAACAGACGGUCUCAUUAGUGAUGUGUGAUGCUGAAUUUACUCUGCAUAUUUUACCA